AUGGGAAGUAUACAAGCGUACGGAAGGCUAAUCUUCACUUCCUGCUGUGACACGGACAACUGCAACAUUAACAACACUAAAGUGUCACCUCGUGCUGGCUCUUUGCAGUGCUACGGCUGCAACAUAUACGACAAUUUCUGUACUGCCAAUGUGACCUGCAAGGAACAUGAGACCUGCUUCCAAUCAUCACAAAGCCCAUAUAACGAUCAGCAGUUACCCUUUGGCUGCAUCUCAGAGAAUGAAUGCAGAAACAGCAGUUCAUUUCUUCCUUACGGACUCCACAAUGUUUCCUGCUGCAACACUUCCCACUGUAAUAUCCCAGAGCUGGGUAAACCUAUGUGCAUGGCGUGCUCUGAUGAAAUGUGUUCAUCUGAGCGUUUAGUUUUCUGCUCCAAGAACGCACCAAUGUGUUACUCCCGCAUCAUCUACAACAACUACACAGCGAUGGACCCGCUGCAGUUCGCCUACAGGCCGGGCAUCGGAGUCGAGGACGCCAUCAUCUCCCUCCUCCAUUGCUCGCUGUCCCACCUUGAGAAACCCGGCUCCACUGUGAGGAUCCUCUUCUUUGAUUUCUCCAGUGCCUUCAACACCAUCCAGCCGCAGCUUCUCAGGGACAAGCUGGAGACAGCUGGAGUGGACUACGACCUGUCGGAGUGGAUCCUGGACUACCUCACAGACAGACCCCAGUUUGUGAGAACCAGGGACUACGUGUCGGAGGUCCUGACCUGCAGUGUGGGGGCCCCCCAGGGAACUGUCAUCGAGCCGUUCCUCUUCACCCUCUACACUGUGGACUUCAGACACAACACGGACGGUUGUGUUCUACAGAAGUUCUCUGACGACUCUGCCAUCAUCGGACUCAGCUCCGAGGACGAUGACACAGAGUACAGAGGAGUUAUACAGGACUUUGUGGACUGGUGUCAGCGGAACCACCUCCUCAUCAACGUGAGGAAGACCAAGGAGAUGAACCACCUCCUCAUCAACGUGAGGAAGACCAAGGAGAUGAACCACCUCCUCAUCAACGUGAGGAAGACCAAGGAGAUGAACCACCUCCUCAUCAACGUGAUGAAGACCAAGGAGAUGAACCACCUCCUCAUCAACGUGAGGAAGACCAAGGAGAUGAACCACCUCCUCAUCAACGCAGGGAAGACCAAGGAGAUGAACCACCUCCUCAUCAACUUCCUCCUUUCUGAGACCAGCAUCAGUGACAUCACACAGUACUAUGAUAGUUUUCUCCAGUCCAUUUAUUGA